UGUAGCGCUCGGAGUUUUAGAGGGCGAGUCGGGCUUUUUAAUCUCUUAACAUUUUCCAGCAACCAGCCUGCUGACAUUGAGCCGUAUCCAUCUAAUCAUAUGGAACAAAGACCUGUUAUUUGUAACCUUACAUCCACAAAACAGUAGUGUAUAAGAUCAUGGCUGUGCCUUUCGUUCAAGACUGGGAUUUGGUGCAGACCCUUGGAGAGGGUGCUUACGGCGAGGUGCGUCUAUUGGUCAACAGAAAGACAGAAGAAGCAGUGGCAGUGAAAGUUGUUGAUACGUCCAGAGCCAAAGACUGUCUAGACAAUGUGAAAAAAGAGGUGUGUGUGCACAAGAUGCUUUCACAUCCCAAUAUAGUGCGCUUCUUUGGGCACAGGAGCGAGGGUCCGGUCCAGUACAUCUUCCUGGAAUAUUGCAGUGGUGGAGAGCUUUUUGAUAGAAUAGAACCGGAUGUGGGGAUGCCAGAAAAAGAGGCUCACAGGUUUUUUCAACAGCUGAUAGGAGGAGUGGAAUAUCUACAUGGUAUUGGGAUCACACAUCGGGACAUCAAGCCAGAAAACAUCUUGUUAGAUGACAAAGAUAAUCUGAAGAUCUCAGAUUUUGGGCUAGCUACCAUGUUCCGCCACCGUGGGCGAGAGCGUUUGUUGACUCGGCUGUGUGGCACGCUGCCAUAUGUGGCUCCAGAGCUGAUGUCUCGCCCUGAGUUCCAUGCUCAGCCUGCAGACGUCUGGGCGUGUGGUAUUGUGCUUACUGCUAUGCUGGCUGGAGAGCUACCAUGGGAUCAACCAAGUGAAAGCUGUCAGGAGUAUUUUGAUUGGUUACAGAAGAAAACCUACCUUACACCAUGGAGGAAAAUUGAUUCAGUGCCCCUUGGUCUGUUAAUGAAGAUACUGCUACAUAGUCCUGAGGACAGAAUGACCAUUCCUGAUAUUAAAAAACACCGCUGGUUCAGUCGAAGCUUCAAAUCAGGAGUAAAACGGCAGAAUGAUGUACAUGGACCACUGACCAAGAUGCUGAGGUCUGAUUCUGAGCAGUUGCAGCUGGCACGAACAAACAGUGAUGACCGGGUGCAGAUUUCCAGCUCUCAGCCAGAGCCUCAAGGGUUAUGGGAGGUUAGGGAGGAUGUAGUACACACUGAAGGAGGUCAGGUCAGCUUUUCUCAGCCUGCCUGCCCUGACCACAUGCUACUGGGCAGCCAAUUGCUGGGCACUCCAGGUGCCAGCCAGAACCCAUGGCAGAGGUUAGUGAGGAGGAUGACCAGGUUCUUCACUACCCUGAAUGCAGAGAAAUCCUGCGCUGCCCUUCGUGAUGCCUGUAUUGCCAUGAGCUACACAUGGAAACAGACUUGCACAAACCAGGCAACAGUGUCCACAAUGGAUCGCCGUAACAACAAGCUGAUCUUCAAAGUGCACUUCUUGGAGAUGGAAGAACGUAUUCUGGUAGAUUUUAGACUAUCAAAGGGUGAUGGCUUGGAAUUCAAAAGGAUAUUCCUGAAACUCAAACAGAAGCUGUCUGACAUCAUAAGUAACCAAAAGGUUCCUGUUCCUUUUACAUAAAUUAAUUAAUGCAACUAAACACACACAUACACACUUUGUCUUUGUUGUAUGUCUUGUUCUUAUGUAUGUUUGUACAUCAUGUAACACUAUGUGUAAUCUGACCAGUGCCUCCAGUUUGUUAGCAAGAGUGAGGUAUUUUUUAAAUCCUUUUUAGUGUUAAAACAACAUGUGAACAUUGUUUGUUCCUCACUCUUUUUAAAGGUUUACUCAGCUGGUCAUGUUAGAAGAAUUGACAAUAAAUGUAGUUGCAAAAAUAUAAAAAGA